CAUGCUGAUGUUCUAGUGCUGAGAACUUAAGUGAUGAUACUGGCAUAAUGCACUCUGGUUCAGCACUUUGUGCUUAUCCAUGCUCCUCCACAGUGACAGUCCUUUUGUCUGCCAAACCCCAAAAAGAUUUUGGGGAACAGGAAAAGCAGUUUUGAGUAGGAAACGAAAACUAACCAUGGAAUUACUCAAGGUCAUGAGGACGAUUGAUGACAGAAUAGUACAUGAAUUAAACACUACGGUUCCAACAGCUUCCUUUGCAGGGAAAAUUGAUGCCAGCCAAACCUGUAAACAACUUUAUGAGUCAUUGAUGGAGGCCCAUGCCAGCAGGGACAGAGUCAUAAAAAACUGUAUAGCUCAGACCUCAUCAGUAGUAAAACAGCUCCGAGAAGAGAGAGAAAAGAAUUUGGAUGAUUUAACGUUAUUAAAGCAACUUAGAAAAGAACAGACAAAGUUGAAAUGGAUGCAGUCAGAACUGAAUGUCGAAGAAGUGGUAAAUGACAGGAGCUGGAAGGUGUUUAAUGAACGCUGCCGAGUUCACUUCAAGCCUCCAAAGAAUGAAUAAAAAGAUACUUUUUUUUUUAAGAUGGACUGAGUCAUCUCAUAAAGAGUCAAGCAUGACAGACAUCAACAUGGUGGGCUUCCCAGGAAGAUUUCUGAGCCAACAGUCCAAGACCUUUUGUUGAUUUCAGCCCCACUUAGCCAAGACCUCACAUAUAAAUAAUUCUGAUAAUUAUGGAGAAAUCAACUGCUAUUUUAUACUGAUUCUGUAAAAAAAAAUGUUUUGUAACUAUUAAAAUAAUUUUCUGACUCAGUGUA